AUGAAGAAAGCCGAGAUGGGAAGGUUCAACAUUUCCCCAGAUGAGGACAGCAGCAGCUACAGUUCCAACAGCGAUUUCAACUACUCCUACCCCACCAAGCAAGCUGCUAUGAAAAGCCAUUACACAGAUGUAGACCCUGAAAACCAGAACUUCUUACUUGAAUCAAAUUUGGGGAAGAAGAAGUAUGAAACAGACUUUCAUCCAGGUACUACUUCCUUUGGAAUGUCAGUAUUUAAUCUGAGCAAUGCGAUUGUGGGCAGUGGAAUCCUUGGGCUUUCUUAUGCCAUGGCUAAUACUGGAAUUGCUCUUUUUAUAAUUCUCUUGACAUUUGUGUCCAUAUUUUCCCUGUAUUCUGUUCAUCUUCUUUUGAAGACUGCCAAUGAAGGAGGGUCUUUAUUGUAUGAACAGUUGGGACAUAAGGCAUUUGGAAUGGUUGGAAAGCUUGCUGCCUCUGGAUCAAUUACAAUGCAGAACAUUGGAGCUAUGUCAAGCUACCUCUUCAUAGUGAAAUAUGAGUUACCUUUGGUGAUCCAGGCAUUAAUGAACAUUGAAGAUAAAACUGGAUUGUGGUACCUGAAUGGUGACUAUUUGGUUCUGCUGGUGUCGUUGGUGCUCAUUCUUCCUUUGUCACUGCUGAGAAAUUUAGGGUAUUUGGGAUAUACCAGUGGCCUUUCCUUGUUGUGUAUGAUGUUCUUUCUGAUUGUGGUGAUUUGCAAGAAAUUUCAGAUUCCUUGCCCUAUGGAACUUGCUUUGCUAAUUAAUGAAACAAUGAACAGCACCGUAACACAGACGACCCCUUUUGCACCUGAUGUGACACUUAACAUAACUGAAAAUUCUUGCACACCACGUUACUUUAUCUUCAACUCACAGACUGUCUAUGCCGUGCCAAUUUUGACCUUUUCAUUUGUCUGCCAUCCUGCUAUUCUUCCCAUUUACGAAGAGCUAAAAGAUCGUAGCCGUAGAAGAAUGAUGAAUGUCUCCAAGAUUUCCUUUUUUGCCAUGUUUCUCAUGUACCUACUUGCUGCCCUCUUUGGAUACCUGACAUUUUAUGAACAUGUUGAGGCAGAAUUGCUCCAUACCUACUCGACUAUCAUGGGAGCUGAUAUUCUUCUUCUCAUUGUCCGUUUGGCUGUGUUGGUGGCUGUCACACUGACAGUACCAGUGGUUAUUUUCCCGAUCCGGAGUUCCGUAACUCAGUUGUUGUGUGCGGGAAAAGAUUUCAGCUGGUGGCGUCAUAGUUUCAUCACAGUGUCUGUGCUGGCGUUUACAAAUUUGCUUGUCAUCUUUGUACCAACUAUUAGGGAUAUCUUUGGUUUCAUUGGUGCAUCUGCAGCUGCUAUGUUGAUUUUUAUUCUUCCAUCUGCCUUCUAUAUCAAGUUAGUGAAGAAAGAGUCUAUGAAAUCUAUACAAAAGAUUGGGGCUUUGUUCUUCCUGCUGAGCGGUAUAGUGGUGAUGACCGGAAGCAUGGCCUUGAUUGUUUUGGAUUGGGUGCACAAUGCCCCUGGAGGUGGCCAUUAA